AAAAAAACAAGCUUUUUUAACGAAAUAUUUUGCAAAAAGAGAAAUAUAUAAACAAACUUAAUGUCUGAAACAAUAUAAAAUAAUAUUUUCAACGCUAACGCUUAAUAAUUCCAAAACAAAUCAUGAGUGACUAUUUUCUUUUAUGUUAACCUCUUUACGCAAAGAAAAUGUUUAGUAAACUUCAAACAACGUUAAGGUGAUAAAUGUUUACCUAAUAAUAAUAAUAAUAUAUUUUGAUUUUGUGUAUAAAAACAUGUCUUGGAGGCUGCUGUUGAAGUUUUAAUUUGCAAGUGUUAGAUACAACUUAAUAAAAAAUGUCUCAAUGAUGACAAUAACAAAAAAUUCUUUUACCCAAGUGCCUAUUGUAUUUAUAAUAUGAUAUACAAAAUGCCCCCGUUUAGACGUAAAAAAUCUGGAAAGUCUUUUCCAGUUAAAGUUUGCACUUUGGACGCUGAGUUAGAAUUUAAUUUGGAGUGGAAAGCGACAGGCAAAGAUUUAUUCGAAUUAGUUUGCCGGACGAUUGGUUUACGAGAGACCUGGUACUUUGGUUUGCAGUAUGAGGACUCCAAGGGCUUCAUAUCUUGGUUGAAGCUGGAUAAAAAAGUCCAAGACCAAUCACUAUCCUCGCCUGCUGGUUCAAAUGGAGGCUGCGUCUUCAUGUUUUUGGCCAAAUUCUGUGCAGAAGAUGUCGCAGAAGAAUUGGUGCAGGAGGUGACCCAACAUUUAUUCUUUUUGCAAGUGAAACAGGCCAUUUUGUCGAUGGACAUUUAUUGUCCGCCGGAGGCUAGUGUCUUGUUGGCUUCUUAUGCGGUACAAGCGAAGUAUGGUGAUUACGAUGAAAGUAUAUCGAACAAACCAGGAAUGCUCUCUAGUGGGGAUCUGUUACCUCAAAGGGUUAUCGAUCAAUAUCAGAUGACACCCGAGAUGUGGGAGGAUAGGAUAAGGAUAUGGUACGCAGACCACCGCGGAAUGUCCCGAGACGAAGCCGAAAUGGAAUAUUUAAAAAUCGCCCAAGAUUUGGACAUGUACGGAGUCAACUACUUCCCUAUAAGGAAUAAAAAAGACACCGACCUCUGGCUCGGAGUGACCGC